AUGAUGCUUAAAGUAGUGGGUCUUCUUGCCUUAGUCGCUUUGGUGGUCGCUCAGCAUGGACAUGGCCACGGGUAUUCCUCCCAGUACAUAUCUAAACACGACGAACACCCGCAAAUAGUCACCAUCAAAGACCACCACGGACACGAGAAACACGUCGAUUACUACACUCGUCCCAAAUACGAGUUCAAGUACAAAGUGGACGACGAUCACACGGGCGACCACAAGGCGCAGCACGAGCACCGCGACGGCGACGUCACCAAGUCCAAUUACCACGUCGAUGUCAAGCACAUUGUUCCGGAGCACCAUCAUCACUAAACGGGAAUAACUACAGUUUUCAUACGUUUUAUAUGCCAGUUGUUAAACAGU